AUGCCGUACAACAACACACCCAUCGCGCCUCCCGAAGAGAUCACAGGCACCGCCAGUCUGCCCCUCGCCCGCGUCAAGAAAAUCAUCGCCGUCGACCCGGACAUCAGCGCCUGCAGCAACAAUGCCGCCUUCGUAAUCACAGUCGCGACCGAAAUGUUCCUACGCCAUCUCGUCGAGCACUCUUUCAACCAAGUCAGGACCGAGAACGCACAGAAACCUCGGCGGAACAUUCAAUAUCGCGAUGUUGCCAACGCAGUAGCCCGCGUCGAAAACCUCGAGUUCCUCACCGACGUCGUCCCCAAAACCAUGACCUACAAACAAUUCAAGCAGAAACAAGCCGCGAAGCCUGAGCCCGCGCAUGGCGGAGCAGCCGUGGCACAGAAUGGGCAAGCGACCUUGGAUGGUCAUCUUGGCGCGAAAGAGGCGCAGGCGACGAAUGGGGCUGACGUGAUGGAUGUGGACGAUGAGCCGGAGAGACCUGCGCCGGCACCACAGACGAGUGGACAUUCGCCGCAGGUUGUGGUGGGGAGGAGUGAGGCGGAGAUGGAGCAGUAG